UCACUUAGGGCUUCCGCUCCGGCCCCGCCAGCGAAGGGCUUGAGGCCGCUGGGCCUCACUACGCAUGCGCACCGCCUGCCCCCGCUCUUCGUUCGGGCUUCUCCUCCGGGCUUUUCCGAUUCCCGAGCCACUGAUCCCUGGGGGAGGGGAGACGUUUCAGCCAAUCCGGUGGCUUUACGACGCCGAGGCGCUUGACUCCCUCACCUUCAGCCAAUGAGCGAGCCGUUCGCCCUACGUCAUAGACUUUGUCCCAUCGCAACCCCCGCCUCUCCGGGCUGGGAGCUCAGUCCGCGCAGUAACAAAUGAAGUGCGCGCUGCGACACCUCCCAGCUCACCCGGCCCCGCCGCCAUUUCGUCGCCUGGCCUAACGGUUCGGCCAAUCCCGACACGUAUCGGAAAGGACUAGCGCUCCACCAAUCGGAGGCCGCUGACUCCGAGCUCACCUCCGGCCAGCCCAAUCCAGACUUCGGUCUCGCCGCCACCAGCCCGCCCCCGCCGCAUCCUCUCUCCUCCCUCUUUGUGCGUCUGGCGCCGCAGCCGCCCGCCGCGUGAGAGGACUGGCUCCCCGCGCUCCUCGGUAGCGUAGUCGGGUCCCCUCCCCCCCCGGAAGGUUCGCGAAGGAGAAGCCGCCGCCGAGGACGAGAAACCGCUGGUGCCGGUCCCCUGGGGCGCCAUGGCGACCGGAGCGAACGCCACGCCGCUGGACUUCCCAAGUAAGAAGAGGAAGAGGAGCCGUUGGAACCAAGACACAAUGGAACAGAAGACAGUGAUUCCAGGAAUGCCCACAGUUAUCCCCCCUGGACUGACACGGGAACAAGAAAGAGCUUACAUAGUGCAACUACAGAUAGAAGACCUGACUCGUAAACUGCGCACAGGAGACCUGGGCAUCCCCCCUAACCCUGAGGACAGGUCCCCUUCCCCUGAGCCAAUCUACAACAGUGAGGGGAAGCGGCUUAAUACUCGAGAGUUCCGUACCCGCAAAAAGCUUGAAGAGGAGCGACACACACUUAUCACAGAGAUGGUUGCUCUCAACCCGGACUUUAAACCACCUGCAGAUUACAAGCCUCCAGCAACACGUGUGAGUGAUAAAGUAAUGAUCCCCCAAGAUGAGUAUCCAGAAAUCAAUUUUGUGGGUCUCUUAAUUGGGCCUAGAGGGAACACUCUGAAGAACAUUGAGAAGGAAUGCAAUGCCAAGAUCAUGAUACGGGGAAAAGGAUCUGUGAAAGAGGGGAAAGUUGGGCGCAAAGAUGGUCAAAUGUUGCCAGGAGAGGAUGAACCUCUUCAUGCUCUAGUCACUGCCAAUACAAUGGAGAAUGUCAAAAAGGCAGUAGAACAGAUCAGAAACAUCCUGAAGCAGGGUAUUGAGACCCCAGAGGACCAGAAUGAUCUACGGAAGAUGCAGCUUCGGGAGUUGGCUCGUUUGAAUGGCACUCUACGGGAAGAUGAUAACAGGAUCUUAAGACCCUGGCAGAGCUCAGAGACACGCAGCAUUACCAAUACUACCGUGUGUACCAAGUGUGGAGGGGCUGGCCACAUUGCAUCCGAUUGCAAAUUUCAGAGGCCUGGUGACCCUCAGUCGGCUCAGGAUAAAGCACGGAUGGAUAAAGAAUAUUUGUCCCUUAUGGCUGAGCUAGGGGAAGCUCCUGUCCCUGCAUCUGUGGGCUCUACCUCUGGACCUGCCACCACACCCUUGGCCAGUGCACCAAGACCUGCUGCUCCUGCCAGCAACCCACCACCACCGAGUCGCCCACCCUGGAUGAACUCUGGCCCUUCAGAGAAUCGGCCCUAUCAUGGCAUGCAUGGAGGUGGUCCUGGUGGGCCUGGAGGUGGCCCCCACAGUUUCCCACACCCAUUACCCAGCUUGACAGGUGGGCAUGGUGGACAUCCCAUGCAGCACAACCCAAAUGGACCACCACCACCUUGGAUGCAGCCACCACCCCCACCGAUGAACCAGGGCCCCCACCCACCUGGGCAUCAUGGCCCUCCUCCAAUGGAUCAGUACCUGGGAAGUACGCCUGUGGGCUCUGGGGUCUAUCGCCUGCAUCAAGGAAAAGGUAUGAUGCCGCCACCGCCUAUGGGCAUGAUGCCGCCGCCUCCGCCACCUCCCAGUGGGCAGCCCCCGCCUCCUCCCUCUGGUCCUCUUCCUCCAUGGCAGCAGCAGCAGCAGCAGCCUCCGCCACCCCCUCCGCCCAGCAGCAGUAUGGCUUCCAGCACCCCCUUGCCAUGGCAGCAAAGAUCCCUUCCCGCGGCAGCGAUGGCCCGAGCCAUGAGAGUGAGGACUUUCCGCGCCCAUUGGUGACCCUUCCAGGCAGACAGCCUCAGCAGCGCCCUUGGUGGACAGGAUGGUUCGGCAAAGCAGCCUGAGUUAUUUUUGUGGACGGAAUCAGAACACGCUGGCUCCAUAUCGUGAAAUUUUUAUUAAUUUUUAUCUUUUUCCUUUGUUAUUUCCUUAUCUUUUCCUUUCUUCAGACUCCGUCCAAGGAGAUGCUCUCCCCGGUCUUCUGCUGCAGAUAGAAUCCUUUCCCUUGUCUCCAUUCCUCUCUACCCAAGGAGAGAGGAGCAAAUGGUUAGGCACAGACUUUGACCAUUAAUGUCAAGUUUGGUUGUAAAGGAGGGUCCUGUGUGGUUAAUCUUUGCCACCUUUUAAAGCAUCUUGAGAAUUUAGAUGUUGCUAGAAAGGGUUAAUCCAGCCCUGGGAUUCAUAUCUUCCAGCAGUAAGUGGGACAGCCCAAGCCACUAUAGACCUGCCUGCCAGCCUGGAGUCUUCCAUGCUCCUGAUCACCUAAACUGCCUCAGAUGCCAUUUGCUUCUCUUCUUCCUGGAAAGCUUCCCAUUAUGUUUUAUUUUGACCCCAGAUGUCCAGAUGUUUUGCAGUGUCUGGGGCUUGUGCCCCUUGUUCUUCGUUCAGCUUCUUUGCCCCUUCCCUCUUCAUGGAGUGAUUAUGUUGACAAUAAUGUGUAACGCCUUCUUUUCACUGGUUUAUCUACAGAAAUUUCUCUGGGCUUUUUUGUUGUUGUUGUUGUUUUUUUUUUUUUUUUGGUGUUUGAUUCAACACUGCACUAAAGGGGGGAAUGUUCCAUUGAAUAAAAGAGCAGUGUGGUU